CCCGAGAGGUAUCUCGGUAGUGAAAGAGAGCGACGAAGUUAAUUAGGAAGAGUGAUACCGUGGUGAGGUUGGAAUUGUUGUCCGUAAUUUCGCACCAGGAACCGUAAUGCUUAUGACUAUGAUUACCUAAGCCUCCUUGGUCGUUGUCCGUGGCAACCGUAGGUGGGUGGGGCUUGUGUACCUACUAUGGAGUCGUGACAUUCAACAAAGUCGCAGUGCUUUUGACUUUGCCGUUGGAAUACAUACCUUCAGUCGAAGUACUUCAGCAUUCUUCCCCAGGAUUAGAGCAGUAUAAUUCAGCCCAUGUAUUAUGGUUUUUGGUAUCAAAAUUGCAAACCACGGGAGAUAACAGACAGGGCGGCCAGCACCGGCACCACCAUACGAUCAUGGCGAGGGCAUGCAGUGAACUUGGCGAUUCCAGCGACGACGAGUUUCCCGAUCUAAACUCCUUGGUUGGCCGAAACAAGGCGAAGACGGGCCUGGCUGGUGCAGCCGUACGACUCGAGAAGGAAGCUAGAGCAGCGCCAGCACCAAAAUCACCAGGGAAGACGCCGUUGAGGCGCCGCAAGCUCGUCAAGCUGGAGGACAGCGCACUCUUGCGACCAUGGGCCAAAGAUGAAAGGAUUUCCAGUGACAACGGCGGGUCCCGUUUGCCUGGGGAUACCGAGAGGAUAAAUCGCCCGGGGGUUCAGUUGAGGGCAAGGAAGCAGAAGCCGGCUGCAGAGGCCCAGCCAGACGAACUUACAGAGGCGGAUAUCCCCCCUGUUGAAGAAAUCUCAGUAGGGGUCUCGGUCGACGACUCGUCGGAAUUUUAUGACACCGCGCGUUUCGAUUCCAAUGACGAUGACGACGACGACGACGACACGUUCGACAACAUAUUCCCCAAGUCCCUGGCCAACCAAAAUACGCACACCCGGAGAGCGAAGGCCUCCCCAGCGAAAGCGAGACUACCUCAACCAACUAGCCGGGUAACUUCUGCUACGGAAUGCAGGGCCUCGAGGCAUGGCCUUGAGAGCUUCGAGUCCGAGGAACUUAAUGUCGACACCCGAAGGACGGCAAGAAAGCGCAGCGAAAAGACCGGGAAAGGACAGGGCCAUGCCAUGGAAAAUAAAUGCCAAGAUGGUGGCAUUCCCAGGGAAAUGGCCAACCUCCCCAUCAGAGAUAAUGACGACCUGCUACUUCCACCCGUCGGAGAUAAAAAAGGGGCGACAACGGACAGGCCGACCACGCCGCCAUCAACACCCCCAAAGCCCCGCGCGACAGGUCUGGUGUCGCCCGUCAAGAAGCUAGCCCGAAUUCCGAUGACACCCCACCGCCCAAGCAUGGACAUGUUCUGGAGUCGGGAGUUUGUGGAUGACUGGAACGACGAGCACUCGCCCAGGAAGCAGCUGUUCCCCGACGCCGCCAAGAGCCCAUCCAAGGCGAGCCCAUCGAAGAAGAAGACCAAAAACCCAGCCAAGCCGGCCGUCUCGGCGCGGGAGGCGAAGAAGGCGUUCGAGAAGACGAAGCACGAACUGGCGGCCAAGUUCCUACACGAGCUCGACGCAACCAUCACACAGGGCCAGCUGGGCGAGCUCGCGGCCUCGACGGGUGGGAUCCAGGUGACGUGGACGAACAAGCUCAACACGACGGCCGGGAGGGCGAACUGGAAGCGGGAGACGGUGCGGACGCGGACGUCGUCGGCGGACGGCGGGGCCGAGGUGGUGACGGUCAGCCACCGGCACCGUGCGUCGAUCGAGCUGGCGGAGAAGGUGAUUGACGACGAGCACCGGCUGCUCAACGUGGUGGCGCACGAGUUCUGCCACCUCGCCAACUUCAUGGUCAACGGCGUGACGGGGAACCCGCACGGCAAGGAGUUCAAGGCAUGGGCGGCAAAGUGCUCGCGCGCAUUCGCCGGCCGCGGCAUCGAGGUGACGACCAAGCACUCGUACGACAUCGACUUCAAGUACGUCUGGGCGUGUGUUAUCUGCGCCGCCGAGUUCAAGAGGCACUCCAAGAGCAUCAACCCGGAGCGCCACCGGUGCGGCAGCUGCAAGGGCGAGCUGAGGCAGACGAAGCCCGUGCCCAGGGGCCAGGGGCGGGAGAGCGAGUAUCAGAAGUUCAUGAAGGAGCACAUGAAGCUGCUCAGGGAGGAGAAUCCCAAGAGCCCCCAGAAGGACAUCAUGAAACUCGUCGCCGACAAGUGGUCGCGCCAGGAGAAGAAGGGAGACUCCAAGAAGGCGGGUAAGGGGGUCGAUAUCGUCGAUGAUGUUGCAGACGGGCUCGAUGCAUUAAGUCUGGGAGAGGGGAAGUGAUCAUCGUUGUAGAGAGAUGUCCGCAUUGAUACCCAAUGAGUCUUGAUAUGUACCUACCUAUGUAAUCGACCGUGUUCUCGGCUGGCGAGAUGGGUUGAUGACCCCCAAAUGAACCAUUUCCCCAAACGCCGUGCCAUUUCAGCUAUCUACGUACUUGUC